ACGUGUGCGCCUUUCUACAGCUCAUGCAGAUGUCUGCAUAUAAUAACAAAUGAGAAAUCUAAUCAUUGUUUAUCCUCUACAUAACUGUAUAUGUGUUUUGAAGGCUUCAGGAUUUGAAUAUGCUUUGCAAGGUUUAGGUCUUUGCCGACCACAUUUUAUGAUUACGAUGCAUACAUAAUGCGUAAGUGGGGCAGGUUUUUAAAAACUUUUGAGAGGUUUUAAUGUCUAUUUUAGUAAGUAUUUCUCUGGGGAAAAAGGUCAACGGGGUAAAAUUAUUUGGUUGUGCCUGUGCUGGCAUCGGUAGCAAAGCAUUUUGCAACACUUUGUAGUGUCGUGGUUUUUAGUUAAGGAGGUAGGAUACGUUUCAAAUGAAAUGUUUCACCGAGUUUGUCUGCACAGAGUAAGAGAAGAGUUAAAGGAAAUGGCAGCAGUGGAAAAAGCCAAAUGAGAUGGAACAACAACGGCGCAGGCCUUAAUGACAAACAAAUGUAUAUUUCACUGCUCUGAGAUCUACAUUGGAAAUGCAGUAUCGUUUGGAAUCUUUUGAUUCUGAUCCAUUCACGAUUCUGGCAGGAUCUGUCGGUUAUGAUUUGGAUACCAUCACCUUGGCCACCUGUACUGUAGCUUCCUGAAAUUCCUGCCCAGAAUGCAGACUCCUCUGUGCUUCCUGAAUGGACUGUGGUGGUUUCUCCUCUCUGCUGUCCUUGUGAGAGAGAGCGUCUGCGAAGAAGACCUCAGUUUGCCUGUGCCCCAGGGUGUGACAGUGAAGCCAGACUAUCAAUCUGACAUUCUGUCUGUGGAGUGGGAGGAUGACUCUUCUUUUCGUAGCUCUUCAGAGCAAUAUGAGAUUGAAGUUCUCUUGACUGAAAAAAUGGAAGUUGUUCACCGAGACGUUUAUAAAGUGCUGCUGAACAACACUAAUAAAAACCAGUGGAUGUGGAUCUCUCCUAUGCCUUUAAACUGCACGUCCCACUCUUUACGGAUACGAUCCAUCCACAACCACAAAAAAAGUAAAUGGAGCUCAUUAGUGACCAUCCAAGGGAGUGAUACAAAAGAUGUCGAUGAAACUGCAGUGUUUCCCAUUGACAGAGUGGUGGCUGUUGGCACAAACUUGACAUUUUGCUGUGUGGCUGGGAAGAAGGACAAUGUCACGGAUUUAAGCUUUCAGGGGAAGUUAGGUACCACAUACCUAAGCAACAGGACUCUGGCAGCACAGAAGAAGCUACCUCUUCCAUCCAUUAGCAGCGGAGAUAAUGUGAUUUGCAUUAGCCCAUCUUCCAUUGGGGGGACCGUUGUGUUUGUUGGCUAUGCCCCUCGGGACAGUGACCUUGUGUGUGAGACUCGAGACUUGGCAUCCGUCGAAUGUUACUGGAACACGGGCAACUCCACAUACCUAUAUGGGCCACGCAGGACUAUCUACAGCCUGACUGAAAGGCUUUCUGGGGAAGGCAACUGCUCUGAGGCCAAUGUUAUUCAUGGACAAAAGUACUGUUGCAAACAUGUUGUGAGCCCUGGCCAGCAGCAGUACGUCUUCACUCUGAGGGCCGUGAACCCCCUGGGAGCAGUGGAGCUCUCAGACUCUCUGGACCUGCACCACAGAGUGUAUCCACACAAUCCUCGCUAUUUGGAAGUCAAGUCUGUCUACUCCAGAAGUGCCAGGCUGGUCUGGGACUGGCCAAAGAACUACGACAGGCUGAGCUUUGUGUGCCAGGUGGAGAUGUACAGCCAGGAUCAUGCAGAGGUGCGGAACUACACACUGGAUAAAAAAUCAAGCUGGAAUCUAGAAAUGAGCCAUUUGCUUCCGGGUGAGAAAUACUCUGUCCGCGUUCGCUGUGGAGUUGCUGAAGAUUUCUGGAAAUGGGGUGAUUGGAGCCAUAUUAAACAAUUUCAGACUCUAGAGGAAAGCCCAGUAAAAGCCCUUGACAUUUGGAGAAAUAUUAUCAAGGAGGAAGAUGGCCAAAAAGUUGUCAUUGCAUGGAAGCCCCUGUCCAAAAGGGAAAGCAAUGGAAAAAUUCGUCAAUACGAAGUGACCUGGAAGAGUCUCACUGAUGGCAGUGAACAGAGCUUCACUUUGCCCCCCAGUGACACCAGUGCAGAGCUGAACCUCAGCAACCGUGACUACGUCAUAUCUGUCCGCGCCAGCAACUCUGCAGGAUCUUCUCCUCCUUCUAUCCUCAUAGUCCCUGAGCUGCUGUUAGUUAACAAUUCUGUUCCGUCUGUGGUUUGUGCUGCGAAUGGGGGUUUUCACCUGAGCUGGUCUCCCAAUGCCAGCGUUGACUGUGGGUACAUUGUGGAUUGGUGCCCUACUCACAGGUUACAGAACUGCAGUUUGUACUGGGUGAAGGUUCCUCUAGGAAGCACCAAUGCAGUAAUAAAGUCAGAGGACUUUAAACCUGGCGUGCAGUACAGCUUCUCCAUCUAUGGCUGUACAAAGAACAGGCCCUACCUACUAGAGAGGAAGAUUGGAUAUGGACAGGAACUAGUUCCAUCGGAGCCUGUGAAGAAUCUGAAGGCAGAACCACGCUCUGCAAAUGAGGUGCUGCUGCAGUGGGAGGACAUUCCUCUGGAGAAAAAACACGGAUUCAUCAAAGGAUUCAUCAUUUAUGCUUCGAACAAGACAGGACGCUCCAUUAUAGCCGCAAAUAUCACCAAUCCAGAUGCAAGAAGCUAUGUGUUGAAAAGACUGCACAGUUCUGUAUACAACUUCACAGUAAAGGCCUAUACAGCUGCAGGGGAGGAUGACGGAGGAGCCACCGUUUCUGUAUUCAUGCCUGGCCCAACUGACGGAUUAAUUGCCAUCAUCCUCAUCUCUCUGGGGGUAAUGGCCGUCUCCUCCAUUAUCCUCACUGUCGUCUGCUACAAAAAAAGGAACUGGGUGAUGCAGACAUUCUAUCCUGACAUCCCCAAACCUGAGAUCAGGGGUGAACAGUGGAUUCCUGGAGAGGGAAGUUUCGUGAACCCGCCCAUGAACGUGGAUGCCUGUGACACCAGCCACGUGUGCGUCGUCGGAGACGUGCUGGUGGAACAGAAGGAGAGCGACACCGAGGAGCCCGUGGUGGAUGACAACGACACGGGCUGCAGCAGCCAGACUAUUCUCAACUACUACGGGCAGGUCUACAACGGCGGCGCGGGCACCAGCUCCCUGGAGUCCAACAGCACGGAGGUGACCUACACGAACAUCCAGCCCUCCUCCUCCGCGUCUGCCAGCUCCGGCUACCAGCCCCAGAUGACCCGGGGCCCAGAUCCCGAGGAGCUCGGCCCGCCGCUCGCCAUGCCGCUCAUCUGCGACCCGGCGGGCUACCAGCCGCAGGCCAACCCCAAAGACUGGACCGUGGAGUCUCCGGGGCCUGCCAGCCUCAACAGCUCGCUGGGCAGCCCCACCUCCAUCAACUCUACCCAGUUCCUGCUGCCCGACCAGGGCCCCGAGGACAGCCAGGAGCCGCAGUUCAGCACCUGGUUUCACAACUUCCUCUCCAUGAAACGGUAGUGCCCAGCCUCGCCCCACACCUCGAGUACUGACCAACUGGCCACACAAGGACUAAGAAAUGACCACACCACAGGGGCAGGAAUAACUGUUUUUUGUUGUUCUAAUUGAGAUAGUUCAGUACUAUGGAUGGAAAUCCUUUGGUGAUUCAUAAAGGCCCUUACAUAGGAGACUUACCUGCUGCAAAAGUGUGUACUGCGUAUUGGGAAACAUAAGAGGAUUGUUACUGACAUGACUGGCCAGCAUGUGAAACGUUCAGAUGACAGCAUUGUGAUUUAACCUGGCAAACAUUUUGAAAGGAGAAGGGGGAAAAAUAGAGAAAAGUCCAACGAAAAACUGCAGAUCCCUCACAUGUAUUUGUGUUGCUAAAAGCAUCUUCGUUAAUACCAAAGAGUAACUAAGACUGCACUAAGUCACAGCCACAGAGUAGCUACUUACCUUGAUAACACUAUGAUGCAAUGUGGAAAAGAAGUUCAUCGCUGCCUUAAAAUACAAAAACUAACCCUGAGAAAAAUGGUCUUAAAUCUUUGGUUUUUUAACAGGCUGGCAGCUUUUCUGUAAUCUUUCCAUAUUUUAAAUCGCUGUAAAGUAUUAGAAAGUGUUAUUUUUUAAUUCAAUUUUUAUUUCAAGGCUUCAUUCCUGCCAGUGUUUAGGCUAGAAAAGUCCACCAGUUGAAGAAACCACCUUGAUCAAACCUGGUGAGAUCCACUAUAAUUUCAAACACAUUUCAGCGCAAGAAUAGAGAAUUUGUUUACCAUCCUGCUGGAGCUUCUGUGAGAGUUCAAAGUCUGAAACAUGAUGAAGUACAGCAAUCUCUAAUGAUUCAAAAUUUACAGCCUGAAACAGACAUCCUUCAUAUCACUAGAUAAAUCAUGCCCUGCUUUCAGUAAAAAUUUAAUUAUUAUGGUAUUAUUUCAAACAGUGAUCACCUUUCACUAUUACCAAAGAGAAUUAGUGCUUUUUAAACAUUUCAGUUAGAUCACGUUUUCUUCUCAAAGUCUCAAAAAGUAUUAAACAGCAACCUAUUACUAGGUCAUUGACAUUUUGACACACAGAGAAAGGUCAUUACAAUGUAAUUGUCUUUAAACAGGUUAGUUUGCUAGAAUGGAUUUUGUUUUUUCAAAGUUGUCAGAGGCAAAAUAGACAAAGUAAUAUUUCAGUGUAUUUCCAGUACCGAUGCUCUUUCACCUUCUACAGUAUGAUUGUUUUUACAAUGUAUGCCUCUUUUAAUAUAUGAUACGCACAGAUUAGCUCCAAAACAUUUAAAAGUCACAUUAGUAAUGUAAAUGUGUUUUUUUUUGUAUUCCUAUUCUGGAGUCCAAAUGCUUUCAUGUAGUAAUUUACAUUCAGUAGCAUUGUCUGAAAAUAGAAUGGCCUUCUGUUCUACUCCUUGUUAACAAAUCUGCAUUGUCAGACUGUAUUGAGACCCAAAAGAUCUACAUCUUAUGGAUUUUGAGAUGUCAAUGUUGGGUUCCUCAGGGAGUGUUUAUCUUUUCAUUGGACUUGCUGUCAGUUGUUCCUGGCAGAGUCUUCCUCAUUCUGGCCUUGUGGUUAAAUCAAUGAGCUCCCCUUCGUAGGACCCAACACUGUGAACGCUUCAACUCAACACCUGCUGAAGGGAGAAGACUCUUCAAGUGGAGAGAAGGACAUUGCUUCAUUUGUUGUGUCACUUCUCAGGCUUUGAUUGUUGAUCAGGUGUACGGUUCUGGGUAUGCUUCUUCAAGUGGAACGUUAAAAAGUGGUCAAAGUCCUCCGCACACAUUACUGCUGUUCUGAAUUGGACUGCCUGCUCCUUACCAAACUGGACCUCUGCUGGACACAGCUUUUGUGAGGGACGAGUUCACAGACAAUUUGAAGGAAUGCUCUGAAAAUGACAUUUCUUAUUUUCAGCAUCCUUCCCGGCCCUGAACCUUUUAAACUUUUUUCUUCCUUUUCUGGCUGACAUGUUCAGCCGCAACAGCAACAGACAAAGCUAAGAAACUGCUCGAAUCCGUUUAUCCUCGUGGACUUAAAGAAAGCUGUGAACUCAGAACUCCACCUCUUCUGAGGAAUUGUGGUUUGCUAACUGGAUGUCCUGAGGGACGAAUAAUUUAACAGAUCGCCUGGUGGGAGAAGCGUGUUGCUUUGAACAAUGUGCACCUCCACAGCGAUGAAACUAUGGCCAUAAUUGCUGCUUUCUGUAGCACAUUUUUCAAGUUGUACACUACAUUUUACAUAGAGGUAACAUGCAUUAAGCCGUGGAGGUCAAUUAAAUCCAAUUCCUUUUGUGUUUGUGCAUUUUUUAAAGUAAUUUGAAUGAGUUAUAAGUAUAAUUAAAAAUGAAACCCUCUAGUUUACUGCCCAGCUCUUGAUGUGUCUGAAGUAUGGGCUUCCUUUUGAUCUUGUCUUAAUUCAAACUGGGCCCCAAAGACCACAAUGCAAGCUUUGCAAAUAUCAGAAUGUUUUCUGGUGCUGUAAUGUCAGUCUUUUUCAAUGCAGGCCAUUAAGUACUAUGCAAGGCUGCAAUCUGCAUUGUCACAUUCAUGUUAAAGCUUCCCAGAAUCAUUGAUUGCUCUAGUAGACAGUUUUUUUCAAGUGUACUUCUGACUCUUAUUAGAACCCUUGGGCAUUGAAGAUUUGGCUGUGCUUUUCAAACACAGCAAAGUUUUGCUAAAUAACAAUGCUUUCAGUUUUUAAAACCACCAAGUAAACCACAUAAGAACUGAAGAAUUCCAUUAUCACAAUCUCGUUCAAAUCAGUAUAUUGCAAUUCGUAUUAUGUCUAAUCUCCAAAUAGCUUGUUGGCUCUUCAUUUUAUUUUUAACUAAUUUUAGUGUCAAAAGGGAGUGUAUGUAGUAAAUGUUUUUUAUAUGUACUGACACAAUAGGAUUAUAUACCUUAUGUAAACACUACUUCAGAGCCUGUGCAUGGCCUACCAUAUUAAUCUUUAAUAUGCUAAUGUUCAAUUAUCAAAAAAAGUCAUUGAAUAAAGCGUUCCACAGACAGCACACUAAUGAAAUUAAAGAGCUUUGUAGUGUGUGAUGAUGUGUAACAAUGCAAUGGACAUUGCUAAUCCAAACAAAAUAAUGUUUGGAUGAUGUACAGUAGUUAUUCAUUACUGUAAAUUACUGUUAGUGUUAAACCAAUAUAGCAUUAGAAAGGUGAGCACUUUAUUGUACAAUACAGGAUAUCAUUCAAACCAAUUUAUUAAAUAGUUUAAUUUGCAUACAAACUAAAUUUUCUGCAUUGCUUUUUUGAUGAACACUACAGUUAAAUGCAUCUUUUGUCCACAAAAUUAUUAUUAUUAAAACAGUAUUGAUAUUUUGGGGGGAUUUCUCUGUACCAAGGAUAAGCAAAACAUUUUCAGUGUAAUCAAGACUGUUAGUUUUUGGAUUGACUGUUUUUGUAUUGGCAACAUAAUAUUGCUACAUCCCUUAUUUUAAGUAAAACAAAUGUUGCUUGUUGUCGAACUGUUACAUUUUUCAGAAAAUUGUAUUUGCUUGUUGGCAUUUUUGAAAUAUAGUAUUAACUUUAAUUUUAGUGCCUUGUACAAAAACAAGUCGAACUUUGUUUAUUAAAGGUCUACCAGCUAUCAAAUGAAAAGUGUGUAACGCUUAUAUGUACAGUAAGUUUCCAUGUCUGGAUGUCCUGUGUCACUUUUGUGCUUGGUUGCAUAUUUGAAGGCUUUGUAAAUAUGUAAAUAACCAAGAACUGCAGUUGUGUAGCUUAGCAUGUUAUAACUUUACUGAGACAUUAGAAGAUAGUCUGGCAUCAGUUCUGCUCCACAUGGAGACACUGCAGACCAGAGCAGAGAUGACACUUAUCUGUCACUGCCAAUAGGCAUGAUAUAGCUCUCUAGAUGUCUGUGUUUGUAAAUUAUUCAAAUUCACCUCUUGUGACAUGUUUCAAAAGCCCCGGGGUUCAUCAUCACAGGUGUUAGUGAUCACGCUGUUUAUAUUCAGACUCACAGAGUGGUUAGCCAUUUCACUAUGUAAGCACCUGCAAUAAUCACUUCAUUUCAAAAGUCCCCUUUUAGACUUGAAUUUCCAAAUAAAGCAGUAAAGGAGAAAGAGA